AUGAGCAGGAGGUGGCAGCACUGGCUGGUCAGAGACCUUGACAAGCAGUUGUACCUUGCUCGUUCUGAGCCAGCAGAAGCUCACACAGAACAGGAUCAAUGUGGCCAAGAAUCCGGAAAUCUGAGGGACCAGAUUCAUCAAUUGUUGAUUAAGUUUCAUAAAAAAGAAAUAGAACUAAGCCUGGGAAAAGAACAGAACAAGCGAUUUUGGGAUCAGAACACAGACAACAGCAUCACUGUGGACCAGCUCAGGAGACAGCUGGACAACAAAAGCCAGCACCUGCAGAGCAUGGAAGAGGCAGUGAAGGAAAUGAGGAUGGAGUGUCUCAGACAAAUGGAGUGCCAGAUGGCUGCAAUUAAGGAAAAGAAUGAAAGCGUUGGAAGAAUCUCCUCUUUGAGUGUCCAGCUGGAGGCAACCAAGGAAACACUCCAUAAGGUUGGAGAUGAUCUUGCAGCCAAACAGAUGAAUUUGGAGGCUGCUGGGAAAACAGUGUCAGAUCUGACAGCCUGUCUGCAGGAAAAGGAGAGAGCCCUUGGGGUUACCAGCCAGGAACCAAAGGAGCUGCAUUCCCAGCUUGGCAGCAGGCUGCAGGAGCUCCAGCAUCUAAAGAAUGAAGAGGGCUGCUUACACAAGGGGCAGUCGGAGUGUGAGACACUGAAACCGCAGGUGUUGGAGAAGGAAAGGGUCAUUGAGAUCUUCCAAAAGCAAAUUGAGAACAUGACCCAGGUCAUGGGCCAGCACGGUCGGGCUGCUGGAGCAAUGGAAGUUGAGAAAUCCGAGCUUAGACAAGAAAUAAAUGACUGGAAACUCAAAGUAGAAGAGCUCAAGGUUGCAAAGGAUGAGAAAGAAGCCAGAAUACGUGAGGUGGAGGCCAGACUGAGCGAGCUGGAGCUGGAAAAGGUUCAGCUGGUUAACACAUGCACAGAGAGGCUCCAGGCACUUAAAGAUGUGAAACAGGAAAAAGAUCAGCUCAUGGAUGAACUCCAGGCUGGUAGGAGCAACCUAGCUGGCCUUGCAGAGGCAUUUGAAGAUUUGGAGAGGGAUUACCAGGAUAAAAUUGAGGAGAUGCAAGAUACUGCAAACAGACUGAAAAUGCAGCUGAAAUCUGCCCAAGCUGAACUGAAAGAGGCCAGGACUGCUCUAAAUACUAUGGAGGGAUCUGCUGGCAACGCUCUGGAAGUUGCAGUGAGAAUGCAGAAGCAGAUCACAGCCAAGAGAGGGCAGAUAGAUGCACUGCAGAGCAAGAUUAGAUUCUUGGAAGAGGCAAUGGCUAACGCAGCUGAGGAGAAGCAUUACCUCAGAGAAGAAAACUGUAAACUAAGUGAAAAAUUGAGCUGUAUUAGAGUAGAAAAUAUCAGGAUUGCUGGGGAACUGGACAUCCUGAGAACACAAGACAAACAGCUGAAAGAAAGACUAUCUAAGAUGGAGACAGCCCUUGAUAAGGCAUCCAUGCAAUUUGCAGAGUGUCAGGGCAUAAUCCAGUGUCAGGAGCAGGAGCUGCAGCACACUCUGGGUGUCAAAGAGCUGCAGGGCCCAGGCUACUCAUCAGCCUCUGCCUCAGGAAAGCUUCAGCAUGUUGUGCCUCUGUCCCACCUGCACCCUGCUGUCCUGCCACCUUCCCUGGCCAGCCCUGCCCCUCAGGUGCUUUCCAAGCUGGACAUUUUGAAGGAAGAACCACUGCAGGAUCUAAGGAGGAUUGUUCAAGAAUUAACAGGCUCAGACAGUGACAUUCCCUCUGUGGAUCUCAGUGGCAAUGGUGGGAGAAAACCACCUUUAGCAGCCAUGAGCAAUGCAGUGGAUCCUUCCUGCUCACACCCUGCAGACCUUCAGUCCCAAGAUGUUUCCCUGCCCUUUACAUCCCUGGGAAUUGCAUCCAUCUGCUCAGCAGCUCGUUGUUACACAUCCUCCCCCAGGAAAGCCUCUCGGGAGGAGAGAGACAGAGCAAAAUCUCCAGUGCCCUUGCUGUUAACUACUCUACCUGAGGACCUUGGCUCCAGUGCCUCACCAGGACACAGACCAUCCACAAGGAAUGCUGGCUCUCCAGGGGGUGCAGCCACAGCCCCCCAAAUAGCUUCUCAGCCCAUGGAAAAUAGCGAGCACACACCAAGGGGGCUACAGAACAAGAUGUAAAGCCUGGAAGACCUGGUGGAAUUGUUACAGAUAAAAAAACCAAGCCACGUCACCAGUGAUCAGAACUCAGGAGGUGAAGACAAAGAAAUCCAAGGAAAAGGAGAAAAGGCUCUCAAAGUGAAGAUGCCGUAUAUGUUAGUGAUUCCUUUCAUGUGGAUGGCAUAGGAGGACACCCCAGAUGACAGCCAGCCCCUAAGAGAGAAAACCCAACACCAGGCUAAUCUGUGGAGAGACUCCAAACAGUCACAGCUCCUAAAGGAAGCAGUGCAAGACCUGGAUCCAGUUGGACGUGGUGUGAACAGGUCUGGCAACAGGGGCAGAUGAUUGUAGCACCAAAUGCUGAAGUAAGGAAAGGCACGAUUCCUGUCUGGGGUGUCGAAGAGCAGAGAUCCAUGAAGUGACAUGGAUGCACACAGAGACAAGGAAAAACACCCCACCCCUCCUGUGUGCUGUUCCAACCCUUUAUUGUGGCCAGCAUAAGACAUCCACUGGAGAAAUGUCUGAUAGUUACUAAACCCCAGGAGUAGGAUUAAGGAUUUCUGGGGUCUGUUCUGAUUUGUCUGAUACUGUGCUCUGUGAUUUCCUAAUUCCUUCCCUGAGAAGCUUUUCCCCUCCCUACACAGACCCGAAGGAGCUGAGUAACUGGUGUUGCACAAACUGAAGAGGCCACUUGACAAGCUUAGUAAGUUUGGCUUUUUAUGUCUCUUCAAGGUAUUCCCAGUGCAUGGGACAGGACUGUUUCAUCAUGUACAUGCUUUCCAGAAUGUGGGCCUCGUCUGCCUCUCUUCCUGGCAGUAUCAUCAUGAUUUUGGAAAGGGAAGAUGUGCCUCUGCUUGUCUCAGGGAUCUGCAGCUGUGAGACAGGACUGUGCAUUGAGCCAGCAGUGCACCCACUGCAUUCCCGUGCUGCACUUCAGAGGUGGAGUCGCUCCUCACGGGAAUGUUUUCAAUGUAUCAUGGCCAGUGAGCACUUCCUUGGUUUCCAAAGGGUUUCGGUGCUCAGAUUAGCCAGCAUGUUCUUUAACAUCAUGAACAAAGAAAUGCCUGAUGGCUGUGGAAAGUAGCUGUGAUAAAAAUGGCUCUGCAUAACUAGAGAAUGGCUGUAUAUUCCUGAUCUUGUAUAUUCCUGUACUCCUGUAUUUAUCUCCGAUGUGGGGACAACAGCCCUGCAUUGGAGCGUGUGCAUCAGGAGAUCCUCACUGGAAAACAGAAGUCAUGGAGCAGUUAAACUACCCGAGGUGAGACAAGAAAAAUUUCUCCACUGCACUGUUUCAGCAGCCGUGGAAAAUGUGUUUCAUGUGCUGCAGGAGGAGCGAGCUGCUUGUAAACAUUGUCACUGCAGCUGGUCCCCACCAAAGGCCAGUAUUUUAUGGUGGAAGGGAAGGUUUAUGGUUUCGGAGAGAGAAUUCCCAUGGAAGACUCCUUCUAAGGGGAGAAUUCUAUAGCUGUAGUUAAAUUAGUCUUUAAAACCAGAUUCUAAUGAUGUACUCUGUUGCUUGGGGUUUUUGGUUGUGGGUUUGUUGGGGGGUUUUUGAGUGCUAAUGAUGAAACAGGGCUAAGAACAACACUCUGGAAUGGGAAUCUAAAGAAAAACAAGCUGCCAGAACAAUUUUUUUUUUUUUUUUUUUUUAUUACUGCCUGGGUGGAACCACAAAAAUUCUGGUCUUCCAAACAACUGUGAAAUGUGACCUCAGAACCUUUUCUAAACAAAAAUACCCAGAAGGGCACAUGUUAACAUAACACUCUUACUGCAAUCACAAUGACAGGAAGAAAAAUUUAUAAAGGAAAAUUAUUUCAGUCCAUCUUAGCAGGAAAUCCACCUGAUGGGCUACUUGCCCUCUGCUAGGCAAGGCAUUAUUUGGAUCAGGCUGCUGCUGGCAAGCUGCCAGUCUCGUGAUUUGGGGAGGGAACUGACUCAUGGGCUUGGGAAACGCUAAUGCUGCUGGAAGCUCGGUGAUGGCACAGGAGCCCUGUGGCAGCUGAAA